AUGUCUAUACUUGAAAUAUUAGCAUGGAUCGUUUUGGCCAAAAGAGACAAAUGCGAGGCUGGUGGAUCUUUUCUUGACAGAAUUACGUUUGCUUUAGCUUUGCACUUUUACAAAUUUUGUACUUUUGUGGAUUGUUUGAUACACGGACUCUCCAGAACAGAGGUACUAAUUUCAAGAGUAAGAGAACCACAGAAAACACAUGUCUUGAAGCAAUUGAUAUGGAACGUAUGGGCACAUAGCCAGCUUCAGGACCUACAGGGCGAAUGGUCGAACGAACAGGAGCUGCCUUUAGUUGGAAAGACAGAUAAUAUAGAUAGCUCUUUUGUGGGACUGUUGACUGAUGUUCCUCAGAGCAUUGGUUUAGUGUAUGAAGACCUCUUGGAGAGAGCUGCUAAUCCAACGACCUGGUCUGAUGGUAAGGACAGAUAUAUUGAAAUUUACAAUUCUGUGUUUCAAGCUACAAAUGAAGCUGAAAUUGACAUAGAAGAAUCUGUGAUACUCUCUAGUGGACUCCGUCAUAGACGCAAAACGGGCAGGGCUUUAUCAGCCAACAAGACUACUGAGGAGGCAGUUCCUGCACCGAAGCCACACAAUCGUGGUAACCUUGAUUGGGUGGCUCUAGGUUUUCAAGGUUCUGAUCCAGCAACGGACUUUCGAGGAAGCGGUAAGUUCGGUGAAGAGUGCUUUUACAGAUUCUGCACAGUUACAAAUCCGAAAGUAGUAUUGAGGACUAUUAUGCUUCAGUCAGGCUCUUUUAACUCUGGACCAGUCGUCCUAUCAAAACCAUGGUACUCUGUUGCUCUGGUUUCUAUUCAUCUGAGCCAAUUUAUUUUAACCUUGAUCCAGCGUGAUACUACUCGUCUUGCCUUUUACCGUGGUGUGCUAUUAUCCCUGUCAUUAGAGAGCUUGAAUGGAGCAAAUAAAUUGGUGGAUAUCGAAGAUUGUAUAUACACUCUGCACUCUACGUUACUGACCAAGUUCCAUAAGACAUGGAUGGAAGCUGUCGCUAAAGGUGAUAUCACAAGCGUUAUGGAUACCGAACCUUUCUUGGAAAAUUUUAAAACCACCAUGACUGAGUGGCUCUGGCUAGAACACUCGUGGGCAGUUGACCCAGAAGACACAUACGAAAUCUUAGAAUUCAGUGAAUAA